UAUCUCUAUAAUUCUUGGUGUUCUCGCGGUCAGCACGCUUUAUGAGCUCAUCAUCACCAUGCGCUUCUCACAAGAGGAAAGGAAAUACUUAACUACCUCAAGAGUUGGCCGGCUCUGUCUGUCCUGUUCGGUGUACUCCAACACGAAGAAGGUGUUCAACACGUACCAGCACCCCGGGCAACUUCCGGCGCUUCACGGCAUUCGGGUCAUCAGUACCCUGUGGAUCAUCUAUGGACACACAGACUUCUUCACACUCUCCAACAUCGAAAUAUCUAACAAGGAGGAAAAGGCGCAAGCUAGCGACGAGUGGUGGUACUUCAUCAAAGGAAACAUGGACAUGGCAGUCGAUACAUUUCUUCUACUCAGUGGUUUGUUGGUGACGUACCUCUUCAUGAAGCAGAUGAAGAAGACGGGUGGACAGUUUACAUGGAGAGACUAUGGUCUACACGUCUUACACCGUUAUUUCAGGCUGACACCAGUAUACGCCUUCCUGAUCAUGAUCUUCACCUGCCUGACGGUGUACAUGGGGUCGGGACCGUGGUGGGCUCUCCAUGACAACUGGACCAUGCCGAGUGUACGCGCCUGCCAGACGUACUGGUGGGCAAACCUGCUCUACAUCAACAACUAUGUCGGACAAGGGUGUUUCGGCCACGGCUGGUACCUUGCUGUGGACAUGCAGCUCUACGUGAGUCUUGCAGGGGUUCUCGUGAUACUAUACAAGUAUCCAAAAGUAGGAGCUGUAAUCACCUGUAGUCUUAUCGGGUCCGGCCUGUUCCUGAGCGGAAUCCUGUAUCAUUUCGUAGUCAAUGAGGGUGGCGGGGACUAUGUUGGCACCACGUACCAAUGGACGAUUACCAGGAUGGCGCCGUACUUCAUUGGGAUGCUGCUCGGGUACUGGCUUUUCAGGACCAACAGGAAAGUUCCCGAUACCUCUAACACAAGGAGGUUGAUGUUGCUAGGUUGGAUUGUUGGCACUGCCUGUGCUCUGGUGGCCUUGGUCACCCCAUUCCGGACUCCUGAAGCUAACCUCCUUAGUCAACCCGCCUGGAGAACUUUUGACAGAAGUUUGUUCUCUGUUGGAGUCGCUUGGGUUGUGUACGCCUGCUGCGUGGGAUACGGAGGUAUCAUCUCAGAGUUCCUGUCGUGGAGCGGUUGGCUGCCGUUAAGUCGCCUGACCUACACGGCGUACCUCGUCCAUCCCAUGAUCAUGCAGGUCUAUUACAUGUCUUACAAGGGGGCGCUGCUGUACUCAGGGAUCAACUGGCUGUUUUUGUUUAUCUCUUUUGCCUUCUUGGCGUUUGUGUGUGGUUUUGCUGCCUCCAUGAUGGCGGAGGUUCCCUUCCUGGAGCUGGAGAAGAUCCUCCUGCCCAAUCGCAGGGGCAGAGAGGCUAAACCUGAACCUGAGAGGGGGGAUGUGGAGGGACAACAGUACCAGUCUCUUGUACAGGAAGCUGUUGCAGACCCACAGAUACCAAACUACAGUUCUGUGUCAACCUAACAAGAACAAGAGACCUUGAGAAGCUUAGGUGUAUUAACUAUGCCACAAACGUUGGCAAUGGAGCUGAUAAUGUGCCAGGUCAUCAGUAGAGAAUUAGUAUUUUUAUCUCUAUAUUGGACUUUUUAUACUAUGUGUACAUGGGACUUACUCUUUUUGGAAUAAAUUAAAAAUGAGAUUUCCAUUUGUUACUUGGAUGCCACUAGUCAUGAUAUGUUUGAUACAUUAUUGGAGCUGAUAAUUGAAUGAAGACCUUAAGUUUAUUGUACAUUUUUGCCCAACUGAGAUAAGUACAGGUCACAACAAGACAGAACAUAU